AUGUUUGAUGUCCGUCAAGUCGGUAAGACACUUGUCAACCGUACCCAAGGUCUCCGUAACGCCAACGAUUCUCUCCUCGGUCGUGUUGUUGAGAUGUCUCUUGGUGAUUUAUCCAAGGAUGAAUCUCGUUCUUUCCGUAAGAUCCAAUUGAAGGUAGACGAAAUCCAAGGUAAGAACUGUCUCACCAACUUCUACCGUAUGGAUAUGACCACCGACAAGCUCCGUUCUAUGGUCAAGAAGUGGCAAUCUUUAAUUGAGGCCUUUGUUGAUGUCAAGACAACCGAUGGUUAUCUUGUCCGUCUCUUUGCCGUCUCCUUCACUUCUCGUCGUCGUAACCAAAUCAAGAAGACUACUUACGCUCAAGCCGGUCAAAUCCGUCAAAUCCGUAAGAAGAUGUUCGAGAUCAUGACUGAAGAAGCUGUUGCCUGUGAUCUUAAGGAACUCGUUGCCAAGGUUACCUCUUCUGCCUCUCAAUCUGCUCAAGAUGCUAUCGCUGUCCGUAUCGAAAAGGCCUGUCAAGGUAUCUACCCUCUCCAAAACACCUACACUCGUAAGGUCAAGAUCCUCAAGGCUCCCAAGUUUGAUGUCUCUGCUCUUCUUGCCCUUCACGGUGGUGCUAACGCUGCUGGUGAUGAUACCGGUGCUAAGGCCUCCAAGGAUUUCGUUGAACCCGCUGUUCAAGCUUCUGUUUAAAUAAACCCUUUCUUUAUAUAUAUAAAUAUAUAUAUUUAUGUUUAUAUAGACUCCUCGUUUUUUAUAAAUACACCCAAAGACGGCUUUUACAUCCCCUAAAAAACCCGGAAUAUUUUUAUCUAUAAGUUGGUACUGUCGGACUACAUUAUAGCGCAUUCAACAGGAGAAAAUGGGGGGAGGGGAGAGGGG